CGCCCUCCCCCAGUCCCACCGGGACCAAAUGGAGAAGUCCCUUGUCGAAUCUGACCCUGAGAUCGCUGAGAUCAUGGAGAAAGAAAUUCAGCGUCAGCGUGAAUCCAUCGUCCUGAUCGCUUCGGAGAACUUCACCUCCCACGCCGUCUUCAAUGCUCUGGGCUCUCCUAUGUCCAACAAGUACUCCGAGGGUUAUCCCGGUGCCCGUUACUACGGUGGUAAUCAGCACAUCGAUGCCAUCGAGCUUACUUGCCAGGCUCGUGCCCUCAAGGCUUUCAACCUGGACUCUGAGAAGUGGGGUGUCAACGUUCAGUGCCUCAGUGGAAGCCCUGCCAACCUGCAGGUUUACCAGGCUCUGAUGCGCCCCCACGACCGCCUCAUGGGUCUUGACCUUCCCCACGGUGGUCACUUGAGUCACGGUUACCAGACUCCUUCCCGCAAGAUCUCCGCUGUCUCCACCUACUUCGAGACACUCCCCUACCGUGUCAACCUUGAGACUGGUAUCAUCGACUACGAUACCCUCGAGGCCAACGCUGAGCUCUACCGCCCCAAGAUCUUGGUCGCUGGUACCUCCGCCUACUGUCGUCUCAUUGACUACGAGCGCAUGCGCAAGAUCGCUGAUAAGGUCGGUGCCUACCUCGUUGUCGACAUGGCCCACAUCUCCGGUCUGAUCGCCGCCGGUGUCAUCCCCUCUCCCUUCGAGUAUGCCGAUGUUGUUACUACCACCACCCACAAGUCCCUUCGUGGUCCCCGUGGUGCCAUGAUCUUCUUCCGCAAGGGUGUUCGCAGCCACGACGCCAAGACUGGCAAGGACAUCUUGUACGACCUUGAGGGUCCCAUCAACUUCUCCGUCUUCCCUGGUCACCAGGGUGGUCCCCACAACCACACCAUCACUGCCCUUGCUGUUGCCCUCAAGCAGGCUGCUUCCCCUGAGUUCAAGCUGUACCAGGAGCAGGUUAUCAAGAACGCCAAGGCUCUUGAGAACGAGUUCAAGGCGCUGGGCCACAAGCUCGUCUCGGACGGUACCGACAGCCACAUGGUCCUCGUCGACCUCCGCCCCAAGAGCCUCGACGGUGCCCGUGUUGAAGCUGUUCUCGAGCAGAUCAACAUUGCCUGCAACAAGAACUCUAUCCCCGGUGACAAGUCUGCUCUCACCCCCUGCGGUAUCCGCAUUGGUGCCCCCGCUAUGACCACCCGUGGCAUGUCCGAGGACGACUUCAAGCGCAUUGCCCGCUACAUUGACCAGUCUAUCAACAUCUGCAAGCAAGUGCAGAGCGAGCUGCCUCAGGGCGCCAACAAGCUCAAGGACUUCAAGGCCAAGGUUGCCUCCGAGACCGUCCCCGAGAUCCUUGAGCUCCGCAAGGAGAUCGCCCAGUGGGCCAGCACCUUCCCCCUCCCCGUCUAAGUGUGAUCACUGCCCUGGGGUAGCCACCAAUAUGAUACCACAUCUUCUUUUUCUGAUUUUGUUUUGGGUUUUCGAGUUCAACAUCUAGCCGGUGUGUCGCUUUUCUACAGGGGUUUUAUACAGGACUGCUUUUUCAACCUUACGCGGGUCAUGGGAUAUGGAUAUGCAUGAGCAUGUGUGAAUGAUUUGAGAGGAACACAAAAAUAAGCUCUAAGGUGGGCUUUCUUCAACACUUUCUUCAACAGGACCAAAAAAAGUUCGUGGUUGGAAAAAUCAAUGGCUUUAACCGCCUUGACUGAGUCUAUGACCAGAUAACUCAGAGAUAAUAAUUUUAUGAAGUUUCCACUUCUCCA